GUACCAACACCGGUGAAAAUCAGUUUAAUCAAUAUGCUGUCAGAGACAGGGCUUCAGGUUAUAGAGGCUACCAGCUUUGUUUCCCCCAAAUGGGUUCCUCAGAUGGCUGACCACACUGAAGUCAUGCAAGGAAUUAAUAAGUUGCCUGGCAUUAGUUAUCCUGUGCUGACCCCUAACCUGAAAGGAUUUCAGGCAGCGGUGGCAGCAGGGGCCAAAGAAGUGUCAAUCUUUGGGGCAGCAUCUGAGCUAUUCACUAAGAAGAACAUCAACUGUUCCAUAGAGGAGAGUUUGGCAAGAUUCGAUGAAGUGAUGAUGGCAGCAAGAGCAGCCAGCAUUCCUGUCCGGGGAUAUGUUUCCUGUGUCCUUGGAUGUCCCUACGAAGGGAAGAUUUCUGCAGCUAAAGUUGCAGAGGUCUCAAAGAAGAUGUACUCGAUGGGAUGCUACGAGAUUUCCCUCGGUGACACCAUUGGCAUUGGGACCCCAGGGAGCAUGAAGGAGAUGCUGACUGCAGUCAUGAAAGAGGUGCCAGUUGGGGCUCUUGCUGUUCACUGCCACGAUACCUAUGGGCAAGCUCUUGCCAACAUCUUGGUAGCGCUUCAGAUGGGUGUGAGCGUGGUUGAUGCUUCCGUCGCUGGCCUUGGAGGCUGCCCCUAUGCCCAAGGAGCAUCAGGAAACGUUGCGACAGAGGACUUGGUGUACAUGCUGAGUGGCCUGGGGAUCCACACGGGUGUGGAUCUGCAGAAACUGGUGGACACAGGCACAUUUAUUUGCAAUGCUCUCAACAGACGAACCAAUUCCAAAGUUUCCCAGGCAUCUUGCAGGCUGUGA